AUGGAUAUUGAAGAAAAUGAAAAGAAAAUAAAAAAUUACAGUCCAUUAACAAAAAAUUUAUAUAUGAAAUUAAACAACCCUAUAGGGUUAUAUGUUAAUUUAGAUAAUUCACUCCAAUCAAGCGAAAAAAAAAAAUUGAAUAAUAGAUUAAGCUUUAGUAGUUUUUCGAACACAACAUGUAGUGAUAUAUUAAAAUUAAAUAACUUCUUACAUAUAGAAAAUAAUAUAUUGAUAUUAACUUUGAAUAAUUAUUCUUUUAAAUUUGGACUAAUAAAUAUGUUUGAUUAUAAAUUACAAAGUUUAAGACUCCCUCAAAUUGAAAUUAUUGAACCAUGGAAGGAAAUAGGUUAUAUAUAUCCUCCAUAUAAAAAUUAUGAUAUUUUAGAAGAGUCUAUUUAUUAUUGUUUUAGUAAUAUAUAUAAAAUAAAUUUAAAAAAUAAAGAUAUAUUUAUUCCUUUUUCUAGUAGAAAUACCAUAAACGAUUUUUCUACGAUUGGAGACAUUUUAUUUGACUCAUUUCAAGUUCAUAGUAUUGCAUUUAAAGAACCUUCUUUUGUAUCUUCUCUAAUAAUAUUAGAAGAAUUAAAAAAAGAAAAAGAAAGUACAUUAUUUUAUAAAGAAGAUAAUAAAGAUCAAAAGACAAUUAACUCUAAGAAUAAUAAUACAACUAAUAAAGAAGAAAAAAAUAUCAUAUAUAAUCAAAUAAAAAAAGAACAAUCUAACGAGGAAAAAGAAAUGAAAACUGGUAUAAAAAGGGACACUCUCAAAGAAGAAUAUUCUAAUGAAUGCAUAUCUAAACUAAAAAAAUUAAAUCUCUUUAAUUUUACAGCUGUUAUUGUUAACAUUGGUAGUACUAAAACAACCUGUACACCCAUAAUAAACGGAAUACCUUUACCUGACCUAACUCAUAUUUAUUAUAUAGGCGGAUAUGAUAUAGAUAAUCAAAUUUUUGAAGAAAUGAAAAAGAAAGAAAAGUAUCAAAAAAAUGUAUCAAUGGAUAUAGCAAGAAUUGCAAAAGAAAAAAAUGUAUUUACUCCAAAAAACAGAGAAGAAUGUGGAUAUUUAUCUCUAUUAUACAAUAAAAAUCCUCAAAAUUAUUUAAUAAAUUCUUUUGAGUUAAGUUUUAAUAAAAUAUUUGAAUCUGCUGUUAAUUCAACGGAAAUAUUUUUCUCCCAAUAUUCUUUAGAUAAUUACUUAAAAACAGAAUCCUAUAAAAAUUUGCAUAAAUAUGAUCUUAAUUUUAACUUUCUUUUUACUCAAAAUACCUUACCUAAAGUAAUUUAUAAUACAAUUCAAAAAUGUCCAAUAGAUUAUAGAAAGACAUUAUUUCAUAAUAUUUAUAUUACUGGUGGUUCUAGUGUUAUAAGAGGAUUCAGAGAAAGAUUAGAAAAUGAAUUAUACGAAUUAAUAAAUAAUCAAAAUUUUUAUAAUAAAACAGUAAUAAAUGUACACUCUUUAAAAAGAAAACUUUUACAAAAAUAUUCCAUUUAUACAGGAUCUCAUUAUUUCUUAGAAGUUUUUAAUUAUUAUAAUUAUAAUGUAACAAAACAAGAUUAUGAAGAAUAUGGAGAAAAUAUUUUGGCAAAGUUUAGCUUACAAGGAAAAUUAUUAUAUUAA